ACAAGGCUUAGGAAACAUUUAGCCACGUUAUCACAAAUAUUCAGUAUGUCUGAAAAUGACAUGGAACAGCUAGCUACAUUUAUGGGCCAUACAAAUGAUGUACACAAAAAAUCAUAUCGGCUACCGGAUGAUGUCUACCAAACUGCCAAGAUAUCUAAGCUGCUCAUCCUUAUGGAAGAUGGGAAAGCAGACGCUUUCAGAGGCAAAUCCCUGGAUGAGAUUGAGCUUGAUUUAAAUGAACAAUUAGAUGAAGGGAUGACAGAAAAUGAAGUUAUUUUAGAUUAUGAUGUCGAGUCACCUGGACGAGCACAAGAUAUAACAGACGGAAAUACGUCACGACUACCGCGAUCACCAUCACCACCAUCUCAGCCAGGACGGCCUGGUCUUCAAACAAAUACUUUGGAUUCUGAUCAUCACGUCAAGAAAGGCAAAAAGAGGACUCUGAUACCAUGGACUGCAGAACAAAAAAAAGCGUGCUCUGCAUUUUUUAAACAUCAUAUAAAAAACAAACUACCACCUAAAAGACAUGAAUGUGAGGCUCUUAAAGAAAAACACCGAGACCUCCUGCAUAAUAAAGAUUGGCUCAAAAUAAAAGUAUUUAUACAAAACACUUACACUAAGAAAUAGACCUGGUAAUUGUUCA